UCUGAUAUCUAAUGUGUAUUUCUGGCAGGAGUUGAAACGUUUUGCAUAAUUUCACACUUGCCCUUCCACAAGAGACUUUAAGCCAGGAUGAGGAAAGUGAUCUAAGAAUGUUUUCUUUGCACAUCCUGAGCUGAGCCCUGAUGGUAUUUCACUUAGCAACAGGAGACAGGAAGGCUUGUUUUGUCAAGGGAUUUCUGUUCUUCAGUUAUUCAGGUAGCACUGAGGCUUCAUUUUAUGAACACUGUAAUUUGAUUAAUGAUAACAGUACGUGACUGUUGACAUGUGUGUAGAUAUGCAGCUUCUUUAUUAAAAUAAUUUAUUAAACUGGAUCUUAUUUAACAAUUUGGUCAUUGCCUAAUCAUUUUUGUUACUUGGUACUAAUUUUAGGGAAAAUGGAGACAAAGUUUAGACACAGUUACUUUAGCUGGUUGUGUGCUUAUUUCCAGAGAAAUUUCCUUGAAAGAACUACUCCAUUUAACCAUCAAAAAAAGUCUUGGUUACACAAACAUAACGUUUAAUUAGAAUGUAUUAUCUGGUCAUUAACCAGUUGAAAAGAAAGAGGAUUUUGCCCAUAAUUGGUGUCAACACUUUUCUCGGAAAUCAAUUGAAAAUGACUAGACUUUAGGAACUUGUAACAUAAGGGUUUACUCUGUGCAAUCUGAAAUUCAAAAUAAGAACAGUAAUUCAGAUAAACUGUUUGCUGAAAAAGUUCAACAUGAAAGCUGUUAAUACAAGACAGCUCUGUUUGUAAAUGUGGUUUGUGUCCUUACAUAUCUCUAAAUGGUAAACAGUCGUUAUAAAAACCUGUGGACUUGGUCAGUUCCCUUAUUUAUGACAGGCUUUAUAAAAGGCUUUUAUUCUACGCUGGACUGGAUUUCAUAUUCACUUCCCUUCCUGUGAAAAGGAAGCACUGAAUGCCAUUUCUUUUUUUUCAUGUUGAGCUAUGUGCAACUGAAACAGACACUGGGGACUAUCAACAGAGCUGAGACGAAUGUAAACCUGAAGGAUGCAGGACACUUAAUCUCGCACUCCUAAUGACCAUAUAAAGCUAGACUUGUCUUCUCUGAUCUCAAACACAGUAGAGUUGCCAAAAAUGCAUUUGCACAUAAACACAACAACUUGUAGGGCUCACUCGUACGCAGUCAACUCUCUCCCUAAAGUGGUCACACACAGUGUGUGAGUUCAAUUGCUUGUUCCUGGAGAAAAAUCCCCCUUCUCCUGACUGUUUUGUCUACACAGGAAGCAUUAACCUCUUCCUGUAUGAGCUGGUCACUCUUACAAGCUGCUCUCUGACUCGUUUUGCCCCAGCAGGCCUGCUGUUAGUCAUCAGUGUCAGAGGCUGAGGUUGAAGAAAAGGCCCGACUGUCAAUCAGAGGCUCCUUCUGCAGAAAUAAUGAAGACAUAUUUUUAAUGUGAACGCACGUUACCGAUGAUGAUGUUUGAGGGUUGGUUUGUGUGGUUUUUAUACUAGUAAAGUUGUUGUUUUUUCAUUACACCAGUGUUGUCAUCGCCUCGCACAUCCAGUUAGCCACACAGGAGAGUGGAGGAGAGGGUCCCUGCCCCCACAGCACUUUACAAUCCCCUACCUAACAAGAACAAUCUGUGUGCAGUCCAGAGAGCUCAGAUACACUCUGGGAAACUGAAGGGGGAGGAGAACAUUGGAGAGGCAGAAGGAGGGAUUUUUCCUCAUAGUUAAGGACUUUUUUUGCACUAUUUAGACAAACCUCCAGCCUGAAAUUUGAAACUGUAGAAGUAGCGUGGCUUGCUGUGCUUUCUCUGUCUCUGUCUCUCUCUCUCUCAGUUCACUUUUACCAGACUGGUUUCACGUAUCCUCCAUCAGAGGGGAUUCCAACAGAGACACUUCUUCUGUUGCAGUGGAUGAUCCUGAGGGGAAACCAUGCUCCCAAUUACCCUUCAUCUAAUUUGUCUGUGUGCAGUCUUCUGCAUCAGCAGCAUCUUGGCCACACCACUACUCUUUUACAGUUCUCAAGAAGGAAGUACAGACGAGGAAGAACUCAGUAACUUUACUUCCUCUCUGCCCACCAGCAACGUUUCCUCUGAGUACCAAACUACACCUGUUGGCCCCACCCAUGUGGAAACAGACUUUCUGAAUCAAGUUGUGGACUUUCUGGAGGACAACAUGCUCCUUAUCCUUGUUGCUGGCUCUCUCAUCCUUCUGCUCUUCCUUAUAAUCUGUGGGUCAAUUAUCAUGAGCCGCAGGCGCAAAGUGAAUGCCUACUACCCUUCCUCUUACCCCUCAAAUAUGUAUGUAGACCACAGGGACAAAACUGGAGGUGCUAAACUCUUUAAUGAAGUGCCAGAAAAACACGCUCCCGAGCAGGGAUGUGAGCCGGUGGACUCUCACAAGCAGCUCCAGGCAGACAUUAUGAGGGCCACCAAGAGACUGCGCACACCAAAUAAAUGUGUUGAGGCUGCAGAGGAAGGUGAGCCCAGUCAGAAAGUAGCAGACCACAGUCUUGAGGACAACUCUCAACCAGAUGGCAGCAUCCUGGACCAGCAGCUACCUAGUCUCCCUGAGGAAAAGGAGCUGUGUGAGCUUUCUGAAAGAGAAGAAGCAGCAGGAAGCCCGGAGCUGAAUCCUCCAGAGCAGCUUCAUCCAGGUGAGGAUCCUUUACAGGAGCCUUUAAUUGGCAAAAGUCUCCGGCCCUCUUCUCUGCACAUUCACAAUGACUCUGCUACACUUCAGCUGAUCGCGGGAGAGAAAACUGCAUUCUAACUCUUCUGAACACUGACCUGAAUGUAUUUCUUUUAACACUUUGAAUCCAAGAGUGGCAAUUUGUCCAGUAAGGUUACAAAAAUGUCUACAAGUGUAUCAAGGGAAAAGAAGAAAGACUGCUAAAUUCCAAUCAAAUUGUUGUUUUUUGCAAUACUGUAUCAGCAUGAUGCUUUGCUCUGAUUGGAUAUAUAUAUUUCAUGCCAUAUUAUAAACAUCUUUCAUAGAGUAACGUCAUUAACUUCUGGCACGAAACAAUUUCUUUGUAUGUUUUGUGUGGUUAAAGGACAUCUUGCACCUAAAACAAUUAUCCCAAAUACUUUGUCCUGCUGUGUAAAAUAAAGUAUUGACUAUGUUUUAGAGAUAAGUAGUUGCAUGUUUGGGUUUUACAAUAAUAGAAAACCAAUGCCUGAGAAUAGUUUUGGUUUUAGGUAUCCUUUUAUUGCAGACUGUCAAGGAAGCAUUACUAAAUAAUCAUAAAUUACACUUCAAACCAAUGGCCCCUUUCGUUGUUUCAAGCCACGUUGCUUAUCAAAGGUCAAUGCUUAGGGUGUAGAUAGACUACAACGCUUAGCUUAAAUUAUAUCGCCAUCAUACCUUCAUUCAAACUCAUCACACCCCAAGCACAAAAUCUUUAACACAAUCUCUAAAAAUAAGCCUUGUUUUGUACCAACAGCGCUUACAUUGUGCGUUUAUG